GGAGGAGGAGGAGGAAUAAGAUAAAAGAAAGCUAUCUCCAUGGGCAUAUUUUACUUUGUCUUUGCAGCCACAGUUUAAAAGAUGAGACUGAUUCAUGCAAUGAGCAAACACACUCAGGGAACAAGAAAAUGAAACCCCAGAGAUGGUUUUAGGUCUUUUUCUAAAUUGGAACUGACCUUCUUAAGGGGUGCUGGACAUCCUGGUCUUGCUUGAUGAAUUAAUUGAUGGAGAUGGAGAUAAAAUGGAUUCAACACCAGCCUCCUCUGUGGGUUAUGACUCUUUUGUGUACUGAAGCCAAGGAUCAUCAAGGAAAAUACUGGACACAUGGAAAUUUCUUGCUUUAGACACAGUGAGCAUUAGCUCCGGUGUUAACAUUCACCAGAUGGAAAGAAUGACUUUACAGAAGAAAAAUAAGAUCAAGGAGAAACCCCCCUCUCUGAUCCCCUAUGGGAAGACAUUUAUGUCCCCUCUUCCGUUCUUUGAGAAUGACCCUAAUACCAGGGUGACUUUCAACAUCAGGAAAUCAUCCACACCAAGGACAGCCAUGUCUUUGGAAUAUUUACCAUAUUUUAGAACAUAUGAAGGGCCCUCUGACGAACCGUCAACUUUGAAUUUGGGGUCCUGCCUCCAAGAAGAAGUCAUUAAGGAAAAAGAAUGCAGGAAAAUAACCAAUGUUUGGCACAAGGAGAACCAGAAAGACUUGGUUCCCUCCACUGGAUUCUUUCCAUAUUAUCGAUCUCAGGAUGAAUUCUUAGUCAGCCCAUUUCUACGGAGCAGAUUACGUAAAGCCCAUAGGAUAAAAUCCAGAAAUGAAGAAAAAAGAAGAGAAUCUAAUAGGAAAUUUGCUAUUCAUAAAUGUAGAGCCUCCUUGUUAAGUCUUAAACCAAAUGUUGAUCUCCAACCUUUGCCCAAGAACUCUCCUUCUUGUAGUUCCCUUCUAUUGUUCUCUACUGAUUCCUCUGAAGAAAGCCAACUGGAUGUCCCUUUGUUCAAUGAUGACACCUUUUGCUCUGCAGGGUUCACUCCCUAUUAUAGAACUGAAGAAACACUUCAGGCCAGCCCCAUCCCAGUAAUUCUUUCUUCAGUUCCCAGAGGCCAUGAAUGGGAUGGCACUGAAAUAAGGAGAAGAAAUUGGAUCAUACCGACUUACUAUGGGGUGUGUCAGAAACAUAGCAAAUCUUAGAGAAUCCAUAUUUGCCUCUGAUAAAAGCAGGAAGGAUUCCAGCAAUAUGGCAAUUCCUCCAAUAACAGCAGCUAUUUCAGCGUAUAGAAAGAAAAAAAAUAGCAGAGUAGAAGCUGUGAAACAUCUGGAGAGGAAGCACAGGCAGAGAGUUUUGUCCAUCUGUGUUUCAAAAUUGAGAAAAGAGAAGGAACUUGGUCUGAGGCUUAUGAACAUGAAAAAAAAAGAAGAAAUGACUGCAUUAAAUCUCUCUAUGCCAAAGUGCACAAUUAUGCAACUCCAGAGAGGAAUUGGAAGCUGGAUCUAGGAGUCUAACCCCACAUUCAAGCUAAAAGCAAUUAAAAACCAAAAAUUAUUAAAUAGCAUAUCUUCAUCAUC